UGACUGCUCCCCAGAGCGCAGUGGAGUUGGCCGCCGUAGUGGCCAUGGCGCGCGCCCUGGAGGGUUUAGCUGUGGAUUUGCAGGUGCCCCGGGUCGUCCCCUGCCCUGAUUCGGACUCGGAUACAGACUCUGAGGAUCCGAGUCUCCGGCGCAGCGCGGGUGGCUUGCACCGAUCUCAGGUCAUCCACAGCGGACACUUCAUGGUGUCCUCGCCGCAUAGCGACUUGCUGAACCGGCGACGCGACCAGGAGGGGCCCAUGGGGGUCGCCGACUUCGGGCCGCGCAGCAUCGAUCCGACACUCACCCGCCUCUUCGAGUGCUUGAGCCUGGCUUACAGUGGCAAGCUGGUUUCUCCCAAGUGGAAGAACUUCAAAGGCCUCAAAUUGCUGUGCCGGGACAAAAUCCGCCUCAACAACGCCAUCUGGAGGGCCUGGUACAUUCAGUAUGUGCAGCGGAGGAAGAGCCCAGUGUGUGGUUUCGUGACCCCCCUGCAGGGGUCUGAAGCAGACGAGCACCGGAAACCUGAGGCUGUGGUCCUGGAGGGGAAUUACUGGAAGCGGCGCAUCGAGGUGGUGAUGCGAGAGUACCACAAGUGGAGAAUCUACUACAAGAAGCGGCUCCGUAAGUCCAGCAGGGAAGGGGAUCUCCUGGCUCCCAAACAGGUGGAAGGUGGGUGGCCGCCACCAGAGCAAUGGUGCGAACAGCUCUUCUCCAGUGUGGUGCCCGUGUUGCUUGGGGGCUCCGAGGAGGAGCCUGGGGGUCGCCAGCUUCUGGACCUCGACUGCUUCUUGUCCGAUAUAUCCGACACACUCUUCACCAUGACACAGCCUAGCCCCUCGUCCCUGCAGCUGCCCCCAGAAGAUGCUUAUGUUGGCAACGCUGACAUGAUCCAGCCAGACCUGAAGCCACUGCAGCCCAGCCUGGAUGACUUCAUGGAGAUAUCAGAUUUCUUCACCAACUACCGCCCCCCGCAGACGCCCAUAUCUUCAAACUUCCUGGAGCCCCCCAGCUUUGGCCCCAUGGCUGACUCCCUCUUCAGCAGUGGGAUCCUGGGCCCAGAAAUGCCAUCUCCAGCCUCCUCUUCCUCCUCCUCGGGGAUGACCCCUCUCUCAGGGACUACCCGCCUACAGGUUCGGAACAGCUGCCCUGGACCCUUGGACCCCAGUUCCUUUCUGAGCUCUGACUUCCUUCUUCCUGAAGACCCAAAGACCAAGAUCCCACCUGCUCCUGUGCCAACUCCUCUCCUUCCAUAUCCUACCCCUGUCAAGGCACAGGGCUUAGAGCCCUGCACCCCAGCUCCCUUCCCUACAAUGGCUCCACCUCCCACUUUGUUGCCGGAAGAGCCCUUCUUCGCUGCCAGGCUCCCCUUCACCACAGUCCCGCCUGCUCCAGGAGUGCCUACACUUCCUACCCCCACCACCUUUGUUCCCGCCCCACAGCCUGGCCCUGGCGCUGCCCCUUUCCCUGUAGACCAUCUGCCCCAUGGGUACCCAGAACCUGUCUUUAGGCCUCACUUCACCAUGCCUCAGGAUAUGCAGCCCAGAUGCAAGCCCUCCACCCCGUCCCCUGGUGGACGGAAAGCCAGUCCCCCAACCUUGGCCCCUACCACUGCCAGCCCCACUGCCAGAGACAACAACCCCUGCCUUACACAGCUUCUCAGAGCAGCCAAGCCUGAGCAAGCAUUGGAACCUCCGACUGUGCCCAGCACCCUCCUCCGGCCCCCAGAGUCCCCGCAGGAUACGGUCUCUGAACUCCUCCGUUCCCGUGCCCUCUUUCCCCCAAUCCUGGCCCCUACACCACCUCAGCCACCUCCAGGCCCAGCCACAUUGGCCCCUCCCAGGUCUCUGAUCAUCCCCAAAGCAGAGCGGCUGUCACCCCCAGCACCCAGCGGCAGUGAGCGUCGAUUAUCAGGGGAUCUCAACUCCAUACCACCCCCGGGGGCACUGAGUGUCCACCUGUCUCCCCCUCAACCUAUCCUAAGCCGGGGUCGUGUAGACAACAACAAGAUGGAGAACCGACGCAUCACACACAUCUCCGCGGAGCAGAAGAGGCGUUUCAAUAUUAAGCUAGGAUUUGACACCCUUCAUGGACUUGUGAGCACACUCAGUGCUCAGCCCAGCCUCAAGGUGAGCCCCCAGCCAGAGAUGCACACUCCCUUAGAGUCAUGGAGCCCCUCCUUGGACCAACACCCAACACCAGAUCCCAGGGCCUGCCAGCACAGAGGCCCACACUGGUGGCGCUCGCAGGUGAGCAAAGCAACAACGCUGCAGAAGACUGCCGAGUAUAUCCUGAUGCUGCAGCAGGAACGGGCAGCCAUGCAGGAGGAGGCACAGCAGCUGCGGGAUGAGAUAGAGGAACUCAAUGCUGCCAUCAACUUGUGCCAGCAGCAGCUACCAGCCACUGGGGUGCCCAUCACACAUCAGCGCUUUGACCAGAUGCGGGACAUGUUUGAUGACUAUGUCCGGACCCGCACAUUGCACAACUGGAAGUUCUGGGUAUUCAGCAUCCUCAUCCGGCCUUUGUUUGAGUCCUUCAAUGGGAUGGUGUCUACCGCAAGCUUACAUAGCCUCCGCCAGACCUCACUGGCUUGGUUGGACCAGUACUGUUCCCUGCCUGCUCUCCGGCCAACUGUCCUGAAUUCCCUUCGCCAGCUCAGCACAUCCACCAGCAUCCUGACCGACCCAAGUCGUGUGCCUGAGCAAGCGACAAGGGCAGUCACAGAGGGCACCCUGGGCAGACCAUUUUAAACCUGGUGAAGGCUCCCAAGCUCCAGGGACAACUCGUGGGCACUCCCCUCUUGAUCCUUGGUUGGCCCUUCCCCUGAGUGAAACAGACUCCAGGUUUUACACUGGCCAUCUCCUGUGGACGGAGGAGAACCUGGUUCCCAUCCCUGCACUGCACUAAUGCUGUGAUCCCCGGUGACUCAUACUCCAUCUUUGGACCUCCAUUUAAUAACAGAGGACCCCAAAGGCAUUAGCAACUGUAACACUGGGGGCCUAAGCAGGCCAUUCAAGGAGCUCUGAGGAGAGGUGAGGUCAAGCGUUUCCUUAUGACUACCUGCUUUGGACAAAGGGCACUACCCUUAGCUGCUCAGAAGGGAGGUGGAACAGGAGAUCUCUCUUUGCCCCUGCACUGGCGACAUGGGGAGCUGCAGGGUGACUUCCUGGGUGACCACUGAAGUCUGAUGCCAGGAGAGAUCAGGACAAGGG